AUAAAAUCAAACUCAAAGAGGAAGAAUACUUGUAAUUUAGCAAAGAAUAACCAGAAGUCUCUAUAAUGAAAUUUCAGGCGCGGCGGCGCCGAUAACUUUAAACUGGUUGCAAUUAGUAACGUAAUUGUGCAAGUACGGAGCGGUCAACAUAAUCUACAGCUAAAGUUGUUUAAAUGUAAAAAGCAAAAGAUAAUCAUUGUCUUAAUCAUGUCAUGCAUGUUUCUCUUUCUCUUUCUCUAUAUAUAUACUAACCAAAUUCCCAAAUCCUAUUAUAUGUUGUUCAUUUCUAUCAAUACAAAACUCAAUCAACAAUGACAGCAACAAAACAAAGCUCUUAUUUUCCUACCAUCAUCUUCUUUUUUAUUACAUUUUGUUGCUUCAAUAUUAGCAAUUCUAAUGGUCGCUCAUUAUCAGAGAAGUUAACGUGGAAACGACUAAUAAUUGUCGAUCAGUCAGGCGAAGAAGGCGAUCAUAAAACAAUACAAGCUGCAAUCGAUGCAGUUCCAUCGAACAACGUAGACUCCACACUUAUCCUAGUUAAACCUGGAAUGUACAAGGAAAAAGUUACCGUACCUGAAGAUAAGCCUUUUAUAAUGCUUAGCGGAAGAAAUGCCGAAAAUACUACUAUCACAUGGGAUGAUAGUGGCGAUAUUUACACGUCUCCUACUCUCUCUGUCUUUGCUUCUGAUUUUACGGCGCGUUACCUUACUAUUCAGAAUACAUAUGGACCGGGGGAGAAAGCAGUUGCGUUGAGGGUAUCGAGCGAAAGGGCAGAGUUUUAUGCAUGUAGGUUUAUUUCAUAUCAAGAUACACUUUUGGACGAGCAAGGAAGCCAUUUUUACAGCAAUUGUUAUAUUGAAGGAGGGACAGAUUUCAUUUGUGGCAAUGCAGCUUCUCUUUUCCAAAAAUGUCGUAUACAUUCAGUUUCAGAGAUAAGUGGAGCAAUAACGGCACAACGAAGGAUGAAGUUGGGAGAAGACACGGGAUUUUAUUUCGUGGAUUGCAGAGUUACGGGUAUAAAAAGUUGCACGUUGGGAAGGCCAUGGGGACCGUACUCUAGAGUUGUGUUCGUCAACAGUUAUAUGUCUAAUGUUGUAAAUCCUAAUGGUUGGGAUGAUUGGGGAAAACCAACCACUCACAGUUCGGUGUAUUAUGGUGAAUACAAAUGUUAUGGACCGGGAGCAAACAGAUCCAAAAGAGUUCAGUGGUCGCUACAUCUCACUAAUGAACAAGCCACUGCUCUUAUUACUAAGACCAUGAUUACUGCCAAAUCACGGAUCAAAUAUUAAGAAUUAUGUACAAAUUAUUUAGCUACAGUGUAGUAAUUACUACGUCUUCACGAUUGAUCAAUGUACAUCUAUCAGAUUUUUUGGUUAAUUAAUUGGUUGUACAUAUACAUAUAUAUUCAUUGAAUUGAUACAUUACUUUUUUAUA